AUGCCAGAACCACCAACAAGUCCGACAACCAACCAGUCAGUCAUGGCAGCGAAUGACCGUGCCGCUGUAACCAUCGCCGCCAGUCUCGAGCUGAUUACGCAGAGCACCCGCUUCAGCUCGGUCGUUCAAGGCUGCAAAUACCUUCAAGACAUCGCGUUUGACGACACACUCUCGACAGUGUUCACCGACAAGGCCAAGGAAGGCCUCCAUUAUGCGCUUGAGAGAGCACACGUUCGAUUUGAGCUGAGCCAAAAGAUGGUUGAUUUGUACUACGAGGAGCACCCCGAGCAGGCGCGCAAGCAGCAGCAUCUCGAGCAGGCGCACAAAAAGGGGUCCCUUGAGCAGGCUCGUAAGGAGGAGCGUCCCGAUCAGACGCGCAUGGCAACCGGUGUCCUAGUCAACAUCUCGACCGAGGCGCUCACUGAGUCAGUACACAAUCACAUCGCGUCAGAAGGAUGGACGGGAGACGACGACACUUUGCUCGCGGAGUACAUUGUGUUGAUGCUGGUAAACGGCAAGACCCAGACACAGGUCGCUGCUGAGCUCUCUGAGCUGCUUGAAGGUGACCAAGGCACUCUCGACGAGCUCGCCUCGUGGCUCUUUCAACACAUCGAAUCAGAGCAAGCCAAGCAGGCGUGCAAAGAGGAGCCUCCCGAGCAGGCGCGCAAAGAGGAGCCGUGGUGGAAGAAUCGAUUCGAGCAAGCGGAACCAGCGGAACCAGCGAAUCCAGUGUGCGUCGAGGAUGGAAGCCGUGGGAACCAUACGUUCUGGAUUAGUGGCGCCAUGAACUAUUACUAUGGACGAGAGUGA